AUGAGUAAACAAUACUUGGUGGUGGAUAAUGGAGCAUACAAAAUCAAGGCUGGUUUCAACUCCGCUGAUAAUCCAACACCUACAAAAGUUUUAAAUGCAAUAACGAGAACAAGGGAUGGAGUUAUUCAUAUUGGGAACCAGUUCAAGACCCAUUCCAAAGAUUAUUCCGGGAUGCAGAUAAAGCGGCCAUUUGAACAGGGAAAUCUAACAUCUUGGGAAACAGAAAAACCGAUUUGGGACUACACGCUAGAUCAAAUGCUGAAGACGGAAAUUGAUCCAUCGAAUGUACAUUUAACUUUAACUGAAACACCCUUUCAAUUGCCGCAAUUGUCUUCCAAUACAGAUCAAAUAGUGUUUGAGGAAUAUGAGUUUGGCGAGUAUUUUCGAUGUAUUCCUGCUUCACUAGUACCAUUCGGUGUCGAUGAGUCAGUUAUAAGUUCAGACUUUACUUUAGUCAUUGAUUCAGGAUUCAAUGCUACUUGGAUUGUUCCAGUCAUUUAUAAAAAGGUACACUGGGAAGGAGUACGAAAACUACCAAUUGGAGGGAGCUUACUCAAUGGGAUGCUACGUGAAGUCAUUUCCUUCAGACAUUAUGAUAUGUCAGAUGAUCCUAUAUUAAUAAACACAAUCAAAGAAUCCACCUGCUUUCUUGCUAAAAAUUUCAAUGAAGUGCUAAAGAACAAACAACAGUACAAGUGUGAAUUUGUACUACCAGAUUUCAAGACAACCACGACGGGGUUUGUCAAGACCAGAGAGACUAAAGUUGCCCCUGACGCCCAGUUGUUGACCUUGUACGACGAGAGGUUUACUAUUCCUGAAUCUUUUUAUCAUCCUGAAAUCAUGUUUGAUCUCAAUGAGGCCACUGCGUCAAGCUCGGUGUUGCAGUCAGCACCAAUCAAAAACUUGACUGAUUUAGUGGUGUCGAGUAUUAUAGCAUGUCCAGAAAUCACAAGACCGUUGCUACUGGCGAACAUAUGCCUAUCUGGAGGAACAACAAAUCUUCUCAACUUUAAGGCACGAUUGGAAACCGAAUUGACGAAAGAAUUACCCCAAAGGUGGCACGUGAGAGUUCAUGACGAUUACCAAGGCAUACCGAAAGACGAAUUGAGUUGGUAUGGCGGUAUCAAUUUAAGCAACGAUGAUGUCCUCGAAAAGAUUAGCAUAUCCAAAAAAGAGUAUUUUGAGCAUGGAAGUAAUUGGUGUCAAAAGCAGUUUGGUUUUAAAAAUGUGUGA